AUGUCCGAAACUCAAGUCGAUAAACUUUUCAAACUUUUCCAUACCCUCGGAUUACGCUAUAAAGUUAUAAAACAUCCGAAUUUGGUCACGGUUAAGGAUAUGUUGGAGGAGCCGUCACUGGCUGGAUUCCGUGAUGACUGUAUUCGGAAUCUUUUCAUGCUUGAUUCUUCCAAACGCUAUUAUCUCAUUUCAGCACUUUACGAUACCGAGGUGAAUUGGAAGGUGUUGCGUAAGAGUUUGAAUGUAAAUAAGCUACACAUGGGCGAUGAGAGUGAUAUGUUAAGUUUGCUUGGUGUUGGAAGGGGUAAUUUGACGCCUUUUUCAGCAAUGAAUGAUACAGAGAAUAAAGUUCAUGUGCUAUUUGAUAUAAGAUUGAAGAACAAAGUAGAUGUAGUUGCACACCCACUCACCAAUGACCAAUCAGUGGUCAUGAAAAUGGAAGAUAUGUUAAAGUUCCUAACACAAAUUAACCAUUUUCCAACAUUCCUUCCAUUAAAUGAUCUUGACUCUACUACACACGCCACCGAUAAGACUGUUAACAGUGUUACAACUGUCAACUCAGUAAACAAUGUUAAGAAAGGAGAAGUGAAUAUUUUGGGAAUAACUGUAAAAAAAUAUGAGAAUUUCCCAGAAUGGUAUUCACAAGUUAUAGUUCGUAGUGAGAUGAUUGAGUAUUAUGAUAUUUCUGGUUGUUAUAUAUUUUUACCUGCAAGUUAUUUUAUCUGGGAAAUUUUCAAUGAAUGGUUCAAUAAACAAAUUAAACAGAGAGGGGUGGAUAACUGUUAUUUCCCGAUGUUCGUAACAAAAGAGAGACUGGAGGCGGAAAAAACACAUUUAGAAGGGUUUAGUCCUGAGGUUGCAUGGGUGACAAGGAAUGGUGAUGUUGACUUCCCUGAUCCAAUAGCAAUUCGACCAACAUCGGAGACCAUCAUGUACCCAGAAUUCUCAAAAUGGAUAAGGUCAUACCGAGACCUUCCACUUAAACUUAACCAGUGGAAUUCUGUAGUUCGCUGGGAGUUUAAACAACCAACGCCAUUCAUCAGAAGUAGAGAAUUCCUCUGGCAAGAAGGACAUACUGCACAUUCCACCGAAAAAGAAGCACUAGAUACUGUUUAUGAAAUGCUUGAUUUAUAUUCCAAAUUUUAUGAGGAGUAUUUAAGUGUCCCAGUAAUAAAAGGAGUAAAAAGUGAGAAUGAGAAGUUUGCCGGUAGUAAGAUGACAACAAGUUUGGAGGCGUUUGUUCCAGCUAAUGGUAGAGGUGUUCAGGCUGCAACUUCACAUUUAUUGGGAACUACUUUCUCAGAUAUGUUUGAUAUAAAAUAUGAGGAUGAGGAAGGAGAGAAGAGGAAAGUACAUCAGACGAGCUGGGGUUUCACUACUCGCAGUAUUGGGAUAAUGAUAAUGGUUCAUGGUGACGAUAGAGGACUGGUGGUUCCACCGCGUGUGGCUAAGACCCAGGUAGUAAUUGUUCCGAUCUUGACGAAAACUGCUGAUCAAGUGAUUUCUAGGGUCAACGAACUAUACAAAUUGUUGACUGAGUCAGGUUUUAGAGUAAAACUAGACGAUAGACGUGGUUACACACCUGGCUUUAAGUUUAAUCACUGGGAACUUAGAGGCGUGCCACUGAGGCUUGAAGUUGGCGCAAAAGAUGUUGAAAAUAAUACUGUACGACUGGUUCGUAGGGAUAAUUUUGCAAAGGCUGAUGUGCCCUUGGAGAAUUUGACAACAACUAUACAACAACUGCUGGACCAAAUUCAAAAUACCUUACUAACAAGUGCCAGAGAAAAGAUGGAACAAAGUAUUGUUAAGGCUUAUGAUUUUGAAGAGGUUAUGGUUGCUUUAAACAACGAUAAAUUGAUCAUGGCCCCAUGGUGUGAAGAGCCUGGAACCGAAGAUGAAAUAAAACAAGAAACACAAAAACGCUCAGAAAACUCGGCAGGUGGGAGAACUGGGGCAAUGAAAAGUUUAUGCAUUCCAUUUGAUCAGCCAGAAAUGCCUGAAGGUACAAAGUGUUUUUGGACAGGAAAGCCAGCUAAAAGAUGGACACUUUGGGGAAGAUCAUAUUAA